AUGCCACGACCAUGUCCUCAUCCUCUCGCUCUAUUUUCUCUCGUACCACUGGAAAACAGGGCUCGUGCUGCUCUCGACCAUCCAGAUAACAGUCAUCUUGUGUCAACGUUCAAUGACGAAAAUGGCAACCAAGUUGCCGGAAUAGAUAUUGGCUUCCACAUCGGCUCAACUUCACGCUAUACCCUCGCGACUCUCGGACGCAGCGGUGCCGAUGUCACAGUGGAAGGCUCAAGCAUCUCACGAAUCCAAUGCUCAUUCGAGUUGAACCCAGAUUCUCAUGUGGUUAUGCUCUAUGAUCGGUCAAACUCUCAGACAACCCAAGUGUUUGGCGAAGAUGCUAUACCAUUUGAGACCGGACGCAUCCGUCGAAUCGCCGUGGAGCCACGGCUGAACACUAGAUUCGGGAUUGGCGGUGUCAGAUCUGAUCUAGUUCAGUUCGAGUUGCAAUGGCAUCGACGCACAUUUGAUGUGGAAGAGCAAGUUAACAAUCAGGUGGACAACCCUCGUCUGACUCGAACAGUGGAUGACAUACCAACUGUCCUACCUUCCCAGCGUCUCACCCGAAUCCAUACGCCUGGAAAUCGACUUCUGAAUAUAAGAUAUAUGGAAAUGAAUCAACUUGGAGCCGGAACAAUCAGUGAAGUUUGGAAAGCUGUAGAUGCUGACUCUGGAAACAUUUUAGCUCUCAAGUUAUUUAAAGAGCCUCCACCUGGAUUCUCGGAGCAGAUGCUGCCACACAUCGUCGAAUACAUACACCAUCAGGAGGUAGGGGGCCAACUGGAGAUAUUCAUGCCCUUAAAAGAAGGGAGCUUGCAGACUCUGAUGCUCCGAGAUCACUUCAAGGAAAACUUCUCUCUUGCUAAUGCUCUUCUCCGUCAAAUGCUCCAGGCACUUGAUUAUCUCGCAUUUUUUGGUAUCAUACAUCGCGAUGUCAAACCCGCUAACAUUCUUUACACAUCAUUGUCUGAAAAUCAAUGUUGCUUUCAGCUCGCGGAUUUUGGUGUGUGCAAUUCCAUCACUAAUGCUAGAACAUGUGUCGGCUCUCCCAUCUAUAUGGCCCCAGAAGUUCUGGAAGACAAAGGGAUCGCACAGAGUUCAAAAGUAGAUGUUUGGUCCCUCUUUGUUACACUGGCGUACGCGUUGGAUGUGAACGGAUAUCGGAACAAGGCUUUGGCAACCCGUGAUCAAAAGGUGGAGGCCGCUCUGGAAGCCGCAGAAACGCAAGAGUUGAGGUCUCUCAAAGAUAUGGUGGCAAUCGACCCCAAACACCGUGCUUCUGCUGCGCAGAUGUUACUAAAAUUUUAUGAUGGGGAAGGGCUUACCACACCGCGCAACCAAAUCGAGGGCAUCUUUGCUAGUGAUCAAAGUUUCAAUGCUCACACCGAUACUCCGACUCUGACUCGGGAAGCGCUUGACGCGGGUCGGCAACGAACACGGCGAUCGCUUACUCCGAUAGGUCCUGCCGCGCGUCUCCGUCAUAAGCCGGCUGCGGCGGCGCUACUGAGACAGCAAAGGGGAGCGAGUCGAGUCAGAAAACCAGGCGCUCAGAGCCGACCCGUCCGCCAACUAACCACUUCUCGAAUGCCAAGCAAGCAAUCGGAUCAGCUGCAAGUUCCCGGCAUGUUACCAGGUGGAGGAUGA